AGGGUGUUGAUUUUGAGGGUUAGGGUUAUUUCCUUUUUUCCCGUUCUCCCAUACAGAGAAAAACGUAAGCAGUCAAAAAAGACUAUAGGCCUUGGAGGCCUAUGCAACAAGACACAGAAAUAAAUACACUCAGUUUACUAAAUGUGCAUCUCUCUCUCUCUCUCUCUCUCACACACACACACACACACUUUCUUUUCUUCCCUCUCUCCCUCUUCUCCUCCAUGUACAGAUCAGACAGGAAGUUGGGUGUGUGUAAGGGGAUCUCUGAGGGCUUGUCUGCAUCAGGGGUGGAGGCCUCCGGGCGGAUGAUGUUCUUCCGCCACCUGGAGCGAGUGGAGACCAUGCGCUGCUACUGGGAGCAGAGAGAACAACAGUUCAAAGCAAAAAAGGAUGAUGAGACGUUCCAGUUGAAAAACCUCAAAUCACAGAAGAAAAAGAAGACUCCAGAUGAUUCAGAUACUGCCCAGGCUCUGCUUUCAGAAGAGGUGCAAAAACUCAACAAAGAGAACUUCCAGUGUUCCUAUGACGACUGCAAUGAUGCUGAAACUUCUCUCAGUGACUUCCAGGUCCAGGAGAGCAAAGAGACAGUGGAACUGGUCUCAGAGAAAGGCAAAGAGAAGAGAGAGACAGACGCACAGCUGGAACAACAGCUGUCUGAAGAGGUGCAAAAACUCAACCAAGAGAAUUUCCAGUGUUCCUAUGACGACCUCAGUGAUGCUGAAGGUUCUCACAGUGACCUCCAACUCCUGGAAAGGAAAGAGACAGUGGACCUGGUCUCAGAUAAAGACAAAGAGAAGAGAGAGACAGACACACCGCUGGAAAAACAGCUUUCAGAAGUGGUGCAAAACCUCAACCAAGAGAACUUCCAGCGUUCCUAUGACGACCACAAUGAUGCUGAAAGUUCUGUCAGUGACAUGCAGCUCCAGGAGAGCAAAGAGACAGUGGACCUGGUCUCAGAGAAAGACAAAGAGAGGAGAGAGACAGACACACCGCUGGAAAAACAGCUUUCAGAAGUGGUGCAAAACCUCAACCAAGAGAACUUCCAGUGUUCCUAUGACGAUGGCAAUGAUGCUGAAAGUUCUGUCAGUGACAUGCAACUCCAGGAGAGGAAAGAGACAGUGGAUCUGGUCUCAGAGAAAGACAAAGAGAGGAGAGAGACAGACGUACAGCUGGAACAACAGCUGUCUGAAGAGGUGCAAAACCUCCAUUGUUCCUGUGACGAUCUCGGUGAUGCUGAAGGUUCUCACAGUGACCUCCAACUCCAGGAAAGGAGAGAGACAGUGGAACUGGUGUCAGAGAAAGACAAAGAGAAGAAAGAGAUAGACACACCACUGGAAAAACAGCUUUCAGAAGUGGUGCAAAACCUCAACCAAGAGAACUUCCAGCGUUCCUAUGACGACCACAAUGAUGCUGAAAGUUCUGUCAGUGACAUGCAGCUCCAGGAGAGGAAAGAGACAGUGGACCUGGUCUCAGAGAAAGACAAAGAGAAGAGAGAGACAGACGCACCACUGGAAAAGAAGAUCGAGAAACACGAUCAAGAACCCGGGAAACAUGAGUGCGAGACAGAGUUGGAAGAGGCCAUGCAGAAACACGAAGCUGUAAAGGAGGAGGAGAUCAAGAAAGAGGAGAGCAAAGAUGUGGAUCAGCCUCAUACAGCGCUGCUUGGCAGCAGCCAAAGUCCUGAGGCGAUGCUGAGCUCUAAGCGUCACCUGUCCCAAGAAUACCUGCAAAGAGAAGAACAGAAAAAGAGCCGGAAGGAGGAGAAAGAGGAGGAGGAGGAGGGGAAAGAGAAGAAAGAGGAAGAACAACAGGCAGCGGAGGUGAGGAAUGAGGCGAAGACUGAAGAGGGGAAGAGCACUGCGGCGUCAGCGGGACCUCCGCAUGUGGAUGUGCAGGACGGGGAGGCGUCCACAGGGGAGUACAUUAUUGAUUCCUCCCCGCCUCCUCCUGCCCCGUUUGAGCAUCGGAUUGUAACGACCAAAACACAGCAAAUCAACGCUUUCUAUACCAUCAAUUUGGAUGAGAUUCUUGGAGGGGGGCGUUUUGGCCAAGUUCACAAGUGUGUAGAGAAAGCCUCUGGUAUGACGCUAGCUGCUAAGAUCAUCAAAGCAAGGAGUCAGAAAGAGAAGGACGAUGUAAAGAAUGAAAUUCAGGUGAUGAAUCAGCUGGACCAUGCUAAUCUUAUCCAACUCUACGCUGCCUUUGAGUCCCGUUAUGGCAUCACUCUUGUACUUGAAUAUGUGGAAGGAGGGGAGCUCUUUGACAGGAUCAUUGAUGACAGCUGUAAUGUGACAGAGCUGGACACAGUGCUCUUCAUCAGGCAGAUCAGUGAAGGACUACAGUACAUGCAUAGAAUGUACAUCCUGCAUCUAGACCUGAAGCCAGAGAACAUUCUAUGUGUGAGCAGGGAGACAAACAAGAUCAAAAUCAUUGACUUCGGCCUUGCCAGGAGGUAUAAACCAAGAGAGAAGUUGAGAGUAAACUUUGGCACACCAGAGUUUUUGGCUCCGGAGGUUAUUAAUUACGAUUUUGUCUCCUUCCCCACGGACAUGUGGAGCCUUGGAGUGAUUACAUAUAUGCUGCUGAGUGGUCUGUCUCCAUUCCUGGGGGACGAUGACCAUGAGACUCUGAACAACAUCCUGGCCUGUCAGUGGAGCUUUGAGGUGGCUGAAUUUGCACAGACCUCAGACGAGGCAAAAGACUUCAUCACUCGACUGCUGGUCAAGAGCAAGUGCUGGAGGAUGAGUGCGUCUCAGUCUCUUAAGCACCCCUGGCUCUCAGACCGUGGACUUCAUUACCGUCUGUAUGAGAGGCAAAAGCAACUGGAUUUGUCCAAAGACACACCUCCACCACCAGCCCCUGAAAGCUAAGCAGAAUGAAACACUGACCUCUUAAGGUCAUGGCACAAACCAGGACCAAUCACUAUGAUGCCUGCUGUCACAUACACAGAAUGUAUUCAUUGCACACACGUACCCACACGCUCACAUGGUCAUACUCUCACACAUACACAUACCCACUGCCACACCUCCAUGCUUGCACACACACACUCACUAACUCACUCACUCACUCACUCUCUCUCACACACACACACACACACAGACACUUGUUUGAGUUCCCUUAGAGAAGACCUUCAGUCUUACACUUCCCACUUUUUGGUUUUCCUCUUUAUUUACAGAUUUACAAACUGACCCAGCCCUCACUGGAUAUUUUGUGAAGAGCAUGCAAAAUGGGUAUUCAAAGCGCAGAUAUUUAGCCACUACAUGCAUCUGUUAGAAUUUUCAAGAAGAGAAUAUCUUUUAUCUUCUCAUAAUGCUCCAAUUCUUUUGAUCAAACUUGGUGUGUUGCAAGAAAAUAGUGUUGUGAUAUUCACUUAUUCAGAUCUGCACUUUUAAAAGAAAAUAGCUGCACUUGCAAAAUCUAUCUAGUUUAUAUCUAUUAGAAAUCUGCUAUAAUAUAAUACCAAUUACUGUAUCCUUGAAAAAAACUUGAAAUGCAUAGAUGAUAAUUUACUACUAUAAUUAACACUGACAGUAUUGAGUACUAAUUCUGGUACACUUAAUACCAAAUCAUGCACAGUAGGCCUAUGAGUUCAGACAGAAUGGAAAGUCACAGACAUACACGCGCACACACACACACACACACACACACACACACACACACACACACACACACACACACAUAUAUGCUAAUGUUUACUGUGUUAUCAGACAAUUAUAAUGCAAUCUCACCUUCUGUGAAGGCCAAAUAAUCAACAGUCCACUACCUAUGAUUCACUUAUAAUUUAUUGUGUGGUUUUUCGUGUGUAUUGUUUUAAAGUAGAGUAAGAUCACUUCCUAUCCUACUCUUGACAAAUCCCUGACCUAGGCUACAACCCCUGUCCGCUGUCUCUCACUGUGCUAUUGUACAACACACACAAUCCUGCUUCUAGUUUCUAGUAGUUUUUACAUUAAUGUUUACAUUUAGUAAUUUAGCUGAAGCUUUUAUCCAAACGACCUUUUCUAGUCUAGGCUACUCUCCAACAGUAGCCCAAGUUCAAAACCAUGAAGUUGCACCUAAUGUCUAAUUUAUGCAGUUCCAUCUGCUUGUGAAAAGGAGAGUAGGCUACUCCAUCCCUACCCCUCCAGCCCUUGUCCUACAUCCCAUAUCCAUUAGCCUAUUCCUCCUGACGCCCUUCUAGGCUACAUCUAAACGGCUCUCACACUCUGCCUCAAAACUGAACACUGUCCGAGUGGUGAUUGUGUCUCCUGGUGUCUUAGAUAGAUUUAGUUUGUUUCUUUUUUUCUUUCUUUUGAGCUUCAUUUAAUGGCUCUGUUUCAAUUGAGAUGUAGGCCUAUUGAUCAAGCUGUGGUUUUUCAUUUGAGGGUUUUUAUCUAAGCUUGUGAUGUGACUGAAUAAACUGA